UUGAAUGGUGCAGUAGGACAAAAUCUGGUUAAAUGUAGCCAAAGGAAACACAUGGCCAAAAGCCCAUUCGUCAAACUGGACAAAGUUCCUUCUUCCUUGUUUGGUAUUUAAAGCUAGGAAUGUUUACAAUAGGUAAACAAUCACCCAUCUGACCCAACGGCAACAAACUCCCCUCUUCUUAUCCUCAAUUUGUGUUCUUCAAUCAGCAAAGCUGAAGAAAUUUCAGAGACAGAGGAAGCACUCACGUUGACCAGGAGUGGGUACUCCCCUUAUCACAGCCGGAGAGCAUUUAUCAUUAACACCCACCAAGGAAAAGAAAAAUAGCCCUCAACCAAGACGCUGUGCAGAACAUUUCAUAUAACGUCACUGCCAUCUGUACGGGCUAUGUGAAAGAUUUUGCAAUGAAUGAAUCAAAGGUGAAUGGUGUUGAUGAGCGCGUCGCUUACGUAGACAUUUUUGAAGACGUGAUUGCCUGGAUAAUUUUUUGUUUUGGGCUGCCAGCUAUCUGCUUGGCCAGUUAUGCCCUUUACCGUCUAAUCAAAGCUAACCAUGUUGCCCCCAUCUAUGUCAUCAACCUCCUCAUUUCAGAUCUUGUCCAGAUCAUCGUUCGUAUUUUUUUUAUGACGGACAGAUUUUUUGGUAUACAGUCCAAGGAAUAUAUUGUUACUUACAAUGUGUUGCUGGUUGUUGUCCGUUUUGGUCUCAUUGCCAGCCUUGGGUUCAUGGUGUGCAUCUCAUUGGAGAGGUAUCUGGUGGUCGUCCACCCUCUGUGGUAUCGUUACUAUCGCAAUAUUAAGCACUCAGUCCUGGCCUCUCUAGUUGUCUGGGUAUUGUCGGUAAUAUAUGCAGCCAUUGAUUACAACGUACUCAUGAAAGACCAUAUCACAUUCACCAUCGUCUUUUCAAUCCUUUUCCUACUCCCCAUGCCUCUUCUAGUGUUCCUGUAUGUAGGAACCCGGAGAGCUCUGGCUGGCACCGUCUCAGUAUCUGAUGCAGAAAAGAAGAGAAUUAUGGGAAUUCUGGUGCUGGUUCUUGGAAUCUACGUUCUGUUGUAUCUUCCCUUCACACUCAUGUCUUUUUAUCUGGCAGUUACAAAAAAGAAGACAUUUACUGUGUACUGCCUGAUGGCCGUGACACGGAACAUUGUCCGUCUCAGCCCCCUUGUGGACCCCUUUCUGUAUAUUUUCAUGAGAAAAGAUGCCAAAGAUACAGUGGAGGUCUUCCCCUGCUGCCAAACUUUAAUUGCUUCAGGAAGAGGCUGGAGCAGAUCUAAGGGUACUACUUCGGAAACUAUCAGCAGUGUUUAAAAAUCACAGAAGUCUUAUGAGGUGUAACUGUAUUAUCAAAUUAAGUGGACCGAAGCUUGUUGGAAUUUGGACUGCAGAUAUUGGGAAGCAGACCUAGGUUAAAUAUGUGUUUGUUUCAGAUUCAAAUACUUUUCUGUGCUGGAUUGAACUUGCCUGGUGAUAUUGAGCCUACCAAUAUGACCAGAAGGCAGGGUUUGCACUUUUUGAGAGCAUUUCAUUGGUUCCAAUACACCAGACAAGAUCAGUACAGCGUAGAAAAGUAUUUGGCAUUCAGUAUCUUGCCUGCAGUCAUUUCAGGAAUCAAUCAAGGCUUUCAGGUUGACAUUUUACAUUGUAUUUUUCUUAUUAUUUUUUUAAGUAUUGAGAAAUGUUUCAUAUAUACAUUAUGAAAGCCGGUUCAUGUUCCUUUUGCUUUCAUGUGGCGUAUACAAGAUUUUAAAACAGUUUAUCAGGAUUUUACAGGAGCUUUGA